UUCAAUUUUAAGCGCAGUGAAAUCAGAUGCUGCCGAGGUAGCCCAUGACCGUGAAAGCGCAGUUAGUGAUAGAUGCAAUUGCCAUCGAGUUACUCACCGACAGUCCAAUCUACAUUUGCAAAUGCUUGACACAGCGGUAUUGACAAAACGAGUCGUGAUGACCAUGAAGAUGGCGUAUUUUACUGUAUAUCGCAGUUUUCUGAAUUGUUCUUGCACCCCAAGACCAGUUUGGACCGGCGGACAAUAUCACGACUGCUAAUUAUCAUCUAACGACUCAACUCUACCGCCGGGAGUGGGACCCGAUAUCCGAUUUGGUAGCUGAGCCAUAGGCUAAUGACUACCUGGGAAAUAAAUAAAUAAACCGUUAAAAAAACUAUUCCCGUUCCUAUCGAGAUGCUGCUGCAAUAAUAGCGUUCAGAGAUUAGAUUACCGUGUGUGUUGGGUAGGUGGACACAGAGACUGCAUCAGUGUGUGACUAGGAGACGGCGAGCAGAGCAGACCCGGGAGAUAAAGAAAUCGCGGGUUAAGACAUUUGUGGUCCUUUUUAUGUUAUAGAUUUCUAUGGAGUUUAUCCCGUUCGAAUCGAAGGAGUCUGGGAUAUUCUUAUAGAUUUCAUUUAGCUACAUUAUCCCACGAUAUCGACAGAAUGAGGCUUGGUCUCCUAGUGGGAAAAUAACAAAAAAAUCCAAAAUGUGGAUACCAACAGAAGAUGAAAAAAUCGGAGUUGUGAUCUGCAGCUUCCGGAGCUCAGUAUGUCAGGCCCUGGUUCUGGAGAUAGGAGAGACUGUGCAGAUCCUGGAGAAGACUGAAGGCUGGUACAGAGGGUUUUCCACCAAGAAGCCUUCCAUCAAGCAGGGUAUAUUCCCAGCCAGCUAUGUCCACCUGAAGAAAUCCACAGUCAGCAACAGAGGGCUGUGUGAGACGGUGGUGCCUCUGGAAGAUCCUAUCAUCACUGAGACCACCUCCACCCUGCAGGAAUGGGGCGUGCUGUGGAAGCAACUCUACGUGAAGCACAAGGUGGACCUGUUCCACAAACUGCGUCAUGUGAUGAAUGAGCUCAUCGACCUGCGCCGGCAGCUCAUCCAGGGUCACCUGGCCCAAGACCAGACCAGAGAGAUCAAACGCCACAUCACUGUGCGCCUGGACUGGGGCAACGAACACCUUGGCUUGGACCUUGUUCCUAGAAAGGAGUUUGAAAUGGUGGAUCAGGAUCAUAUCAGUGUAUCUGAACUCUACAAAUUGCAUGCAUCCAGCCGACACAGUGGCCAGCCAAGCACAAACCAGGGCGACAACAUGCGUCAGCGUCAUGGAGAUGGUUGCCAUGUUCCGGUGCAGCACCACCUCUUCAUCAACUUGAAGAGCUUCACCUAUAACACCAUCAGCGAGGACGCAGAUGUCUUCUUCUCCCUCUACGACACCCGCGACAACAAACAGAUCAGUGAGAAGUUUAUGGUGAGACUAAACAAAAAUGGAGGGCCAAAGAACCCAGAGAAAGUGGACCGUCUGUGCGCUCUCUUCACGGAUCUGAGCAGUAAGGACUUGAAGAGAGACCUGUACAUUGUGACACAUGUCAUACGAACUGGUCGUAUGUUGUUGAAUGACUCAAAGAAGGGUCUGCCCCACGUGCAGUACAGGAGACCGUACGGCUGUGCUGUCCUGGCCAUGAGUGACGUGUUCCACACCAUCACUGACCUCAAAGAGGAGAAGGACUUUGUACUCAAAGUUUACACAUGUAAUAAUGAGAACGAGUGGUUUCAGAUCCACGAGAACAUCAUACGGAAGUCCAGCACAAAGUACUCAGCCCCUAGCACCAACUAUGGCCUCAUCAUCUCUCUACAGCUGCUGCGGGGGGAGCUGGAUCAGAUCAGGAGGGAGAACCAGGCUGUGUUCAGCAGGGCUCUGGCCAUCACACGCAAACUGGGCUUCCCUGAUGUCAUCAUGCCAGGUGACACUCGUAAUGACCUGUACCUGACCCUGGAGCGAGGGGACUUUGAGAGGGGGGGCAAGAGUGUCCAGAAAAAUAUUGAGGUCACUGUGUAUGUACUUUACGCCGAUGGGGACACACUCAAGGACUGUAUCAGUCUGGGUAGUGGGGAGCCCAACACCAGUGAACACCGCUCUUUUGUCCUGUACCACAACAACAGCCCUCGCUGGAGUGAGAUGAUUAAACUACCCAUCCCCAUAGACCGCUUCAGAGGAUCACAUCUGCGCUUUGAGUUCAGACACUGUUCCACUAAAGACAAAGGGGAGAAGAAGCUGUUUGGUUUUGCCUUCACUCCUCUGAUGAGGGAGGAUGGGACCACGCUGUCAGACGAGAGCCAUGAGCUCUAUGUCUAUAAGUGUGAUGAGAAUACAACAUUCAGUAACCAGGGCCUGUACCUGAGCAUGCCCUGCUGUAAAGAGGACUUCAACAGCUGCCCCAACCUGCCCUCCACCCUGCCCUUCCAGAGGAACCCCAAGGAGACCUUCUGGGUCUCCACACAGCUCUGCUCCACCAAGCUCACUCAGAACGUGGACCUCCUAGCUCUGCUGAACUGGAAAGCCCACCCUGACAAGGUGUUAGAUAUCUUGGGUCAACUACGCCACAUCAACGGAGAGGAGAUUGUCAAGUUCCUACGAGAUGUCCUGGAUACACUAUUUUGUCUCCUGGAUGACAACACAGAUAAAUACGGACCACUGGUUUUCCAGUCAUUGGUGUUUAUCAUCAACCUGCUCAGGGACAGUCGUUUCUACCACUUCCGGCCUGUUAUGGAGGCAUACAUACAGAACCACUUUGCAGGAGCUCUGGCCUACAAAGAGCUGAUUCGCUGUCUGAAGUGGUACAUGGACCGCUCUGCUGAGGUUGUCAGACAGGAUCACAUCCAGGAGGCCAUGAGGGCUCUGGAGUACCUGUUGAAGUUUAUCGUCCAGUCUCGGAUCCUGUACUCGCGAGCGACCUGUGGUAUGGAGGAGGAGCUGUUCAGGGCCAGCAUCCAGGAGCUCUUCCAGUCCAUCCGCUUUGUGUUGAGUCUGGACAGCCGCAGCUCAGAGACCCUCGUCUUCACACAGGCGGCGUUAUUGAACAGUUUCCCAGACAUCUUUGACGAGCUGCUGCAGAUGUUCACAGUGCAGGAGGUGGCUGAGUAUGUCCGGGGCACGCUGGGGAGCAUGCCCAGUACGGUGGACAUCGGUCAGUCUAUGGACGUGGUCAAACUGCAGUCUAUCGCCCGCACCGUCGAGAGCAGGCUCUUCUUCUUCCCUGAGUCUCGUAGUAUUUUGCUGCCGGUCGUCCUGCAUCACAUCCACCUGCACCUGCGCCAGCAGAGGGAGCUGCUGAUCUGCUCAGGAAUCCUCACUAGCAUUUUCUCCAUCAUCAAUACCAGCGCUAUGGAGUCUUCUGUUCAGGAGGAGGUAGAGAUGAUGGUGGAGAGCCUGUUGGAUGUUCUGCUCCAGACUCUGUUGUCCAUCAUGUCCAAGUCUCAGUCUCUGGAGACAGCUAGGGGGCAGCGCUGUCCCCAGUGCACGGCUGAGAUCACGGGGGAGUAUGUGUCCACUCUGCUGUCUCUACUUAGACAGAUGACAGAGGUCCACUUCCACCACCUGCUCAACAACUUCCACAGUAAAGAGGAACUCAAGGAGUUCCUGUUGAAGAUCUUCUGUGUGUUCCGGAACCUGAUGAAGCUCACCAUCUUCCCCCGAGACUGGAGUGUCAUGAGACUUCUGACCAGCCAUGUCAUUGUGGUGACAACACAGUACCUGUCCCCAGCGUUACACAAGAACUUCUCUGAGGCGGAUUUUGACUUCAAGGUGUGGAACUCUUUCUUCAGCCUGACGGUCCUGUACAUCAACCAGCCCAGUCUGCAGCUGGAGCCCCUCACACAGGCCAAGAGGAAGAAAGUCCUGGACAAGUAUGGAGACAUGAGAGUGAUGAUGGCCUAUGAGCUCUUCAGCAUGUGGCAGAAGCUUGGUGAGAAUAAGCCCCACUUUAUCCCUGGAAUGAUGGGUCCAUUCCUGGGAGUGACGCUCGUGCCUCAGAGCGAGGUCCGGAAUAUCAUGAUUCCCAUCUUCCAUGACAUGAUGGACUGGGAGCAGAGGCAGAACGGCAACUUCAAACUGGUGGAAGCAGAGUUGAUGGACAAGCUGGAGAGUAUGGUGUCAGAUGGGAAAGGGGAUGGCAAUCACAGAGAGCUUUUUGGUCUGCUGACCCAGUUGUUUGGGCCUUACCCCAGCCUACUUGAGAAAAUUGAGCAGGAGACGUGGAGAGAGACGGGCAUCUCAUUUGUCACCUCCGUCACGAGACUGAUGGAGCGGCUGCUAGAUUACAGGGAGUGUAUGAAAGGAGAUGAAAUGGAGAACAAGAAAAUUGGUGGCUCUUCCAACCUCAUGAACUUCUACAAGUCUGAGAUGAACAAGGAGGAGAUGUACAUCCGCUACAUCCACAAGCUGUGUGAUCUGCACCUGCAGGCAGAGGACUACACAGAGUCAGCGUUCACCCUGCUUCUGUACUGGGAGCUGCUGCACUGGGAGGACCGCCCCCUCAGAGAGUUCCUCCACUACCCCACACAGAGCGAGUGGCAACGCAAGGAGGGCCUCAGUCGUAAAGUCCUCCACUAUUUCAACAAGGGAAAGUGUUGGGAAUAUGGAAUAUCACUCUGUCGGGAACUGGCUUUCCAGUAUGAAACCUUAUAUGAUUACCAGAGUCUGAGCUGGAUAAGGAAAAUGGAAGCUGCAUACUAUGACAACAUCAUAGAACAGCAGAGGAUUGAACCAGAGUUCUUCAGGAUGGGCUUCUAUGGCAGGAAGUUUCCUUUUUUCCUUAGGAAUAAGGAAUUUGUGUGCCGGGGUUAUGACUAUGAACGACUUGAGGAUUUCCAGCAAAGGAUGCUGGGAGAAUUCCCACAGGCCAUUGCCAUGCAGCACCCCAACCAACCAGAUGACGCCCUCCUACAGAGUGAUGCUCAGUACCUGCAGAUCUAUGCGGUGACCCCAGUGUCAGACAUUACUGAUGUGCCUCAGCUGGAGCGUGUCCCAGAGAGGAUCAAGAGCUUCUACCGCAUCAACAAUGUCACUCGCUUUCACUACGACAGACCCUUCCACAAGGGACCCAAGGACAGGGAGAAUGAGUUCAGAAGCCUGUGGAUUGAGAGAACCACCCUGAUUCUGUCUCGUCCCCUCCCUGGAAUCUCCCGCUGGGCUGAGGUGGAGAGGAGAGAACUGGUGGAGGUGAGCCCUCUGGAGAAUGCCAUCUACGUGGUGGAGAAUAAGACCCAGGAGCUGCGGACCCUGAUCAGCCAGUACCAGCACCGGCAGCACCAUGGCAACAUCAACCCCCUCAGCAUGCUGCUCAACGGGGUCAUAGAUGCUGCAGUCAAUGGGGGCAUCGCCAGAUACCAGGAGGCAUUCUUUGAUAAGGAGUACAUCAACAGUCAACCAGAGGACACAGAGAGGAUAGCUCAGCUAAAUGACCUGAUGCAGGAACAGGUUCACAUCCUUGGAGUGGGGCUGGCUGUCCACGAGAAGUUGGUGCACCCAGAAAUGCGUCCUCUGCACAAAAAGCUGAUAGAUCAGUUCCACAUGAUGAGGGCUGGUUUACACCAGUCUUUAUAUGUGGCCCAACAGGGGUUGCCAGCGGGCUACACAGGGGUCAACUCUCCCAGAGGCAUCCUGACCACUCACAGCCACAUGAGCCCAGAGAGCGUUCGUCUGAUACACAGACACAGCCCUAUGAACCUGCAAGGUUCUAUACGCCAGUCCUCCUCCUCCCUCUCUUCUCACACCUCCAGCGAGGCGGGAGGAAACCUGGUCAUCCUGACAGAUGGCCUGAUGGGAGAGCCCCCUGAGGAUACGGCACACAUGCAGCCAAGCCCCUCCUCCUCCAGUCUGAGCUCCAUUCGCUCCACCUCUUCCCAGAUAAUCAACUCCGCCCCUUCCAGCGCUAGAGGCUCUCCGUCCCUACCGGAUAAAACCAAACACAACCGGGAGGUGAUGAUUCUGCUGCCCCCUCACCAGAGAACUAACAACACCAUGUACUACAGCAUGACUGACAACGGACAGAGCAACAAUCUGCAGCGUGCCUUACUCCAACAAGUGAGCCCCUGUAAGCCAUGCAUUGAUCCUCAUAUGGGCUUGCCAGAGAAAGUGUUCCCUAGUGCCCCCAGCAGCUGGAGUCUAGAUGGGGAGGGUAGGGAGACAGUGCCCUACAUCCAGGGACCCACAGGGGGUGUUAUCAUGCCCCCCGUCCCGCCCAGGUCCUUCCCACCAGGUCACUUCCUGAUGCACUUUGAUGCGUUCCACCACCAGAACAGUGACCCACCCCCAGCACUGCCCAUUCGCUCUCUCAGAAAGUCUCCUCUCCACCCCAUACCAGGCUCCCCUACCAGUCCUCAGUCAGCCCUGGGGGGCAGUAACUCCACCCUCUCGGGCAGUGCCAGCAGUGGCGUCUCCUCUCUGAGUGAGAGUAACUUUGGGGGCCAGUACCCUGAUCCCCCUGUGCGAAAUGAUGCCAUGGAGCCCGUCCCCAGCCACCUGUGGACCCCUGAAGAGUACCUGGACUCUCCUUACCUCCACAUCCAUUACAGCGGGCCAGAAGCAGAGUCCCUCGACCAGGUCCGACCCUUCCACUACCGCAAUCCUGUCUCACACCUCCACCCUCACUCCCACCCCCAGUCUCACCCCCAACCGGCCGGCCUCGACGGUCACACCCACCCUCACUCCCACCCCCAGUCUCACCCCCAACCGGCCGGCCUCGACGGUCACGCCCACCCUCACUCCCACCCCCAGUCUCACCCCCAACCGGCCGGCCUCGAAGGUCACCCCCACCCUCACUCCCAUGGGCCCACCCACCACCAGAUACCACUCCACGGCCCCCACCGCAUUCCUUACCGGCGCCCCCAACCCCCGGCUGUGCCCCCCAAGCCCUACCUGAGGGAGGGGUGCAUCCCUGAGGAGGACCUGAGCUCUCUGUUGCCCCAGCCCAUCCCCCUGCCUCGGAGGAUCUUCCACUCCCCCCAUAGCCACAGAGAGGAGCAAGCCAAGGCUGCAUGGGAGCAGUGCAUCAGCGAGGAACACGAGGAGACACCAUGAGGAGACCAUCUUUGGCUUCAUCUCAAUAGUCUAUUAUAUUAUAGUACUAAAGUGCUGGGCCUCUUGGAGAUUUCAGUCACCUCGGUGCAUCUAAAUAGUCUAAAGUGACUCCCUCCCCCCUGUCUCCUUUCCUUCAGCUGCAUUGAUGUGAAAGAUCAUGGGCUGUGGAAUCAUGCAAAUACAUUGUAGUCAUUGACCAUAUUGCUUUCAUGCUUUCAUCCAUCCCAUGUUUUCAUAUCAGUGCAGAUAAAGGGGAGGAAACAAGGAGAGGAAUCCACUUUAGACUAUUGAGAUACGCCCUCAAUCUUCUCACUGUAUUCAGACAGUCUGAUUCUGAAUGGAGGAAGCAGCCUCAUAAGAAUUAAUAAGGGAAAUAUUAUCUGUUGGACAAUGUGACCGAUAAUAAUGACUUUGUUUAAAUUAAUAUUGAUUGUACACUCUUCUACAACUAGUAUGUGAGCAUGUUUAGUUUAUUUUCAUUUGAGAACAAUAUACAGCCGUUUUGUGAAACAUGACGAUCUCGAUCAACAUGAUCAAACGAUACAAACUCCGAAAGGACCCCCCCUUUUCCACAACAAAAGGCAACUACAGAAAGUUAUAUUCUUAGUAAAGUGAUGUUGUCUUUUCUGCUUUCAAUGCUACAUAUAUCUAACCUAUUAUUUUGAUAGCUUUGCUACAGUAUGUAUGGGGUUUUCAAGUACACUUUCCAUUUUUUUCUUUUUCUUUUUUUUUACACAACACUGUUUAGUCCUUCGCCAUAUGGCAUUCUCCCAUACUCUGUUCUGAUACUUGGUUCUCAUUGAAAGCAAGUAUGUUAUUUGACCUGGGUCGCUCUUCUCAACCCAAACCUCAAAGGACAUAUAAACCUCAGUCUAGGAGUAUUCAUCCAUACGAUACGUAUGGAAAACCAAUGUGAAUGUAUUUAAACAAGAUGUGCUAUUUGUAUUACACAAGUGGCAGGUCUUAUUUUCUGUUAAUGUGUUUUAUAUUUAAGUUAUGUAUCUAUUCCAGUCUUCUAAUGUUUUGUGUACCAGAUAGAAAUAUCUGAUGAGAGGAGCAUGAGUGUUCUCUGACUGACAGAUCUGAUCAAUCCUUGGGAGGGGUACAAGGAAGGGGUGAAAUUGGCAGGUGCUGGAACAACAGUGAGUUCCAAUUUCAGUUGCACAGGUUGAGCUGGAUCCAAUAGGACUGGAUUCAUCCCUGAAAGUAGAUGGUGAUGGAGACGAAGAUGUGGUAAAAUGAGAAGUAACGAAGAACAAUGAAGAAUAAUGACUUAACAGUACCUCAAUCACCUAUUGGACUAACUGUACUCAGAAAACCAGUAUCACAUCCUCUCUCUGCCUCUAUAUGUUUCAGGCCAAUGUCAACCAACAAGUACUAAAUAUGGACCGUGCGUAAAUGGACUGAUGGCAAUGCCAGUGCUUCUGUCUGAUUUACAGUACAAGUUACCUGUUUUAAUCACCCCCACACCCUCUGCGCACCUCCCUCCGCCCACCUGCCUUAAGUGCACUGAAUUGCAGUAUCAAUCUCUCGCUCAGACAACUCACUUGACUGGUUCUGAGAAACUCGUGAAAAUGACAGUUCUCCUUUCUCGUCACUUUCUCAACACUCUCCGAACAAAGCAGAUAAUAUCAACGUGUGACAUCUGUUUCGUCCUGCCUUGGUUGACGAUGUGGUGCUACAGUAAUACUUUCUGCCUGCAUCUCCUCUUCACCCUGAUCUGCAAUAUGGACAUGUUUGUGUAUAGAAGAUUAGUAUGAGUAGCUCAGACAGGACCAUGAGUUUGAUCUCCUUGGGGAAUGAAGGUACAACAGACAGUUAGCUGAGAUGUAACGUAGAAUUCACCACCAGUGGGUUGGAAAGUGGAGGUCAGUGUUCCAACGACAGCUCUUUGUUUCACACAGUCCUUUUCUGCAGGUAAAUGCUUGGUUUUGUGUUCUUGUAAAUCAGGUUCUCCACUGAUCAGACAUCUAUUUUUGUAUGCAGGUUCAUCAGUGUUGACGUUUUUCACUGAUGUACCAUGAAAGGAUGCAGGGUAUGUUUAGCAGUGGAAUUAGUAUGGAACAGCAGAGCUAUAGAUUAAAUAAGAUGAAUAUCAGGUGUAGGGGCAAGCUGAUGUUGAGAGGUGUGAUACUCAGAUCAAAUAUAGGUACAAUAGAAUUUUUCAAUGUAAAUUCUGUUACUGUACAUACAGCGGUAUUGUGAAAUAUUUUUGAGAAUUAUUGCAGACCCCCCUAAAAUAAUUGUAUUGUUGUUUUGUGUAAAUACACGUACUCCAGAAAUGGAUAUAGUUGAUGAAUAUCUAUAAUCAAUGUUUAAAGAAGACCAAUCCAUUAGACUGUGGUGUGUCUGCAUUGUUGACUUCAAAUCUUCAAAUAUAAAUACUUUAUACACUUUUCAAUGUGCUUUCUUGUACAUAUGGUGUUAGCAUGAUCAAACAGUGUUUGGUUGUAAAAGUGGUUUGCCUACUCCCAUAACUGCUGUGGUAUGGAUUCAUUAACAAUGCCAAACAUUAAAGACAAUCUUUUAUCA